UGCAAAAACAUACGAAAACGGUUUAAGAAUAUAAAAAUCACCCAAAAAGCUACAAUGAAUGUAGUUAAAGCGAACGACUUCAAAAUAAUGCCACGCUCGAUGGUAUGCGAGGACAGCAAUCUACGUGGUGACAUCACGAUUUCAACCGGCUGCAUUAUCCAUCCCAGUUCGACAAUAAUCGCCGAGUCCGGACCCAUCAUUCUGGGCGAAAACUGUAUCGUUGAGGAGUACGCGACGGUGCGCUACCGCAUUCCCGAGAAUCAUCCGGCGUACGCGGAGAUAGCGGAAGGUGGCGUAGCGAAACCGCUCGUUAUUGGGCCGGACAAUGUGUUCGAGGUGGGGUGCACCGUGGAGGCGCUUUCGAUCGGCGAUCGCAAUGUGUUCGAAUGCAAAAGCUACGUGUCGGCCGAUGUAACCAUCGGUAGUGGUUGUGUCAUUGGAGCGGGCUGCCGGUUGGUUGGCAAGCAAACGCUGGCGGACAAAACGGUCAUCUACGGUGGGCAGUGUCUGCAGCGGGAAGUGAUCGAGAAACAGAAGUCGCAAAUGAUACAGUUGGAUUAUCUGCGUAAAAUAUUGCCAAACUAUCAUCAUCUGAGGAAAGUGAAUUAUGACCCAAGGAAGCCACGGCCUCAAAUCUAGGAGAUUUUAGGUCUAGGUUUGAUAGGGGGCACAAAUUCACAGGUGUUUUCAAUAUUCCGUUCCAUGUUUUUCAUUAUAGAUUUGCGUGGUCAUAGGAUAAUUAAUUAUUGAUCUAUCUACUGUCUAUUAAAAAUGAAUUACAUGAUAAUCGUUUAUUUAUCUUUACAUUUCAAAUAAUAAGUGAUCAAUUAACAAAACCAUUUAUUGCAUCUUUAUUCGAUGGUAAGCUUUAUAAAAAAAGUCCAAAAUAAACCUGAAAA